CUGGACGAUGGCGGGUAAGCUAAAGAUAGCGAUGUGGGUCUAUCUUAUCGUGUUCCUUAGCUGCAGGCCCCACGUCAUUUUUACACUUUAUCGUUUAUGGAUAAUUGAAUAUCAGAUGCUAUCAAUUAUAUCUUCAAAUCAACUGCUUCUUGAUUGUCAACGCGACGGUCUUUUCGAAUGUGCCUACUACCUCCGGGUUAUUCAUGGAGAUAAAGCGAGAAUUAAUAAAAAGGAACUUGAUACACACUUGAAUCAUCAUAAAAAUGGCUACCGAACAGCCAUCUGAGACCGUUUCGCAGGUGCCUGAACAACCCACAAAGCUAGCAAAGCUGCCACCUAUACCAAAAGGGGCUACCGUCCGAAGACGUCCUAUCCCCACGCGCACACCCUCCACACGCGCCUCGCGACGCAUCUACAUAACUCCCAAAACGCCCUUCCGCUCCGUAACAGCGCGCGUGCGCAAACAACUCGACAAGAAUCUACGCGAAGCAUCAGCAUCCAACAAAGCCUUCACCAACAGACUCGCCAGCAAUAAGAACGCAUCCCUGGACGAGCGCAUCCGUGCCAUCCAGCGACAGUCUGCCUCGAAAAAUAGCGGCAGCGGGAUCGGGCUCGAAAACGCGGGCGAAGUCGUGGUGCUGGGUACGGGGCGCGCUAUCCAGAAGGUCGUUGAGGUCGCGAUGUUCUUCCAGAAACAGCAGGAUUGUAUCGUGCAGUUGAAGACUGGGAGCGUGGGCGCUGUAGAUGAUGUUGUGUUGGAGGGGGAGGAGGAGUGGGGAGGUGAGGGAGAGGAGAGGACUAGGAUGAUGAGUUCUCUUGAGGCGUCUAUUAAGUUGAGGUGAUGACAGGAUUUUUCGCGAGGAAGGACGAUGCUAUUUGCCGGAAUCGGGCCCUUUAGGAGUAUGGCCCACCCGAUCAGCA